GAUAUAUCCUCGUGUUCCAUGUCUUCCGAGACCUUAGCGGUGCUCGUUUGGCGUGAGCGGUCAACCGGGUGCUAACAACGGCUCGUUUCAUACCGACUGUGCUCGGUCUGUCGAUAUAUGUCCUCCUUUUUCCUCUUUUUCUAAACGACGCUUGGCCGGCUGACAUGUUUUUUUCAACUUGACGUGCAUGCGCGGCUACCAUUAGGCUUGUCCCGUUAUUUGGACGACACCCGCCGGCGAGGAAAAUGGUAGCCGCGCAGUCGUCAACGAGUGAACGCACAAGGUUGUAAACGAAUAACCGUACAGUCCUGUGAUCGAGGGGUUGUAGCUGACCUGUGACAAAGAUUCUUGUUGCUGUUUGAGGAUAGGAAACAAAGAUGCCGAAACCGAUCAAUGUUCGUGUGACCACCAUGGAUGCAGAGUUGGAGUUUGCCAUUCAGCCAAACACCACUGGAAAGCAGCUUUUUGAUCAGGUUGUAAAGACAGUGGGCUUACGGGAAGUUUGGUUCUUUGGCCUCCAAUAUGUGGACAGCAAGGGUUACAUAACUUGGCUCAAACUCAAUAAAAAGGUUACCCAGCAAGAUGUGAAGAAAGAGAACCCACUCCAGUUUAAGUUCAGAGCCAAGUUCUUCCCUGAGGAUGUUUCAGAGGAGCUCAUCCAGGAGAUCACCCAAAGACUCUUUUUCCUUCAAGUGAAAGAGGCCAUCCUGAAUGACGAGAACUACUGCCCCCCGGAAACAGCAGUGUUACUUGCCUCAUACGCAGUGCAGGCCAAAUAUGGAGACUAUGCCAAGGAUCUUCACAAGCCUGGAUAUCUCACACACGACCGACUGCUGCCUCAGAGAGUCCUGGAGCAGCACAAACUAACCAAGGAGCAGUGGGAGGACAGAAUCCAGACAUGGCAUGAAGAACACAGAGGAAUGCUCAGGGAGGACUCUAUUAUGGAGUAUUUAAAAAUUGCCCAGGACUUGGAGAUGUACGGAGUCAACUACUUUGAAAUCAAAAACAAAAAGGGCACACAGUUGUGGCUAGGCGUGGAUGCCCUCGGUCUUAACAUCUACGAGCACGAAGAUAAGUUGACUCCAAAGAUUGGCUUCCCCUGGAGUGAAAUUCGAAACAUCUCUUUCAACGACAAGAAGUUUGUUAUCAAACCCAUUGACAAGAAAGCACCCGACUUUGUGUUUUACGCUCCUCGACUACGCAUCAACAAACGCAUCUUGGCCUUGUGUAUGGGUAACCAUGAGCUGUACAUGAGGAGGAGAAAGCCUGACACCAUUGAGGUGCAGCAGAUGAAGGCUCAGGCUCGAGAGGAGAAGCACCACAAGCAGAUGGAGAGGGCCCAACUGGAGAACGAGAAAAAGAAGCGAGAGGCUGCAGAGAAGGAGAAAGAGAAGAUCGAGCGUGAAAAGGACGAACUUAUGGAGAGGCUGAGACAAAUUGAAGAGCAGACAAUGAGAGCACAAAAAGAGCUAGAGGAGCAGACUCGUCGGGCCUUGGAGUUGGAGCAAGAGCGGAAGAAAGCACGAGAAGAGGCCGAAAAGUUGGAGAAGGAAAGACAAGCCGCUGAGGAGGCUAAAAGCGAGUUGGCCAAACAGGCUGCGGACCAGCAGAAGAACCAAGAACAACUGGCUGCUGAGCUUGCCGAGUUUACAGCCAAGAUCGCUCUCCUUGAGGACGCCAAGAAGAAGAAAGAAGAUGAAGCCACAGAAUGGCAGCACAAGGCUCUGUCAGCCCAGGAGGAUCUGGAGAAGACCAAAGAGGAGCUGAAGACGGCCAUAACCCCAAUGCCAACCCCUCUGGGCGGCCACGCUGAGAGCGAGCAUGACGAGCAGGAUGAGAACCACGCCGAAGCGAGUGCCGAGCUUUCCAACGAGGGCGUCAGUCAGCUGGAUCUGCGCAGUGAGGAGGCUCGCGUCACUGAAGCACAGAAGAACGAGCGGGUCAAGAAGCAGCUACAGACUUUGAGUUCAGAGUUGGCGGAAGCCAGAGACGAAACCAAGAAGACCCAGAACGAUGUCCUGCACGCCGAGAAUGUCAAAGCGGGCCGAGACAAGUACAAAACGCUGCGUCAGAUCCGACAAGGCAACACAAAGCAGCGCAUCGAUGAGUUUGAGUCCAUGUGAAUAGACCUCUUUGCCCCGCCCCCUACUUUUCUCCUCAACAGCCGCACUCUUUUUUUUAAUGGACAAUUGAUGCCGCUGCCCUUUUCCUCCCCUCACACCCGAACCCAAGGUCAUCCCCUGCUUGCCAAAGUUGGACUUCUCACGCCCUGCAGAAGAAUUUCAAUGUGGAAGUCAGAUUAGGUGUGGGAAGACAGUGGAGGCAAAAAGACAAAAUGACAUCGCUUGCUUGAGCUUGUGAGCGCGUCUCCUUCAACAUUGCCUGCCCUCUUUUUCUUUUAAGUUCUUUUGCUUUUUCUUUCAUUUUAUCGCUUGAUUUUAGUUGCCUGCCCCAAAUGAUGAGGCUAAAUGGAGUAAACCCGGCGAUUAGGGAGUCUGCUUCCUUCAGGAAUGUUGUAUGGAUUAUUAAAUGCCAGCAGUGUCGUGUCCUGCAGCUCACGUAGUCCAGGUCAACAAAGUUGAGUAGUAUUUACGUUCAAACUGGAUUUCUAGACUUUUGAAAUAUUUUUUGUUGGGAAAAGAGACACCUGGCCUGUCACCUGUCAGGUGUCGAUGGAAGAAUGUAGCAAAGGUGACAAAGGGAAAGUAUGUUACACACACAGCUGGAAAGUCUUGCUCCUUGCACUCAUCAUGUCUGCAGCACUUUGUGUGGCAGCUGGCCGGGGAGCUCGGGAAACAUCAAAUCUACCUCUGGCAUGUCCUUCCCCCCCCGCCCCCCAAAGAAGGAGGUGGCCUUAGACAAACAAGUUGUCCAAGAUGGCCUAAGGCCACUGCAUUGUAUGGGAUGUUUGCGUUUGGACCUGGUGUGUGUUCAAAUGUUACCUGUUACAAAGAAUGGGGAGGAAUCCCUCUUAAGUCUCAAUUCAAGUUGAACACCGUCCCUGCGCCUUGGAUAAGGAUGCAUGUUUCAAAUCAAUUAACUUUGAAGAUCGUUUCUUUACUUUUUAUUGCACAGAGCAAAGCUUUCAUGGUUGGAUUUGUUACGCAAAACUGGACAGCUGGUGCAACUUAGGAAUUUUUAAUAGUCAAAGGGUUUUUAAAGCACUUUGCCUUCCCUUUGUUGAGGAAAAUGUUUGCCAAUCUUAGGUACAAAUGGUAAUGUGCUUCCAGGCCAUUUUUUGAGUUCCGUUCCCAAAGCCUAAAGCGGCCCGCCUAUGGUUAGCGUGCAUCAGCUCCAUCGUAUGGAGGUUGGUUUAUGAAAGGAGGCUGCAGUUCAAUGUUUUUUGGCCUCUCCAUGAUGAUGAUAUGUUCUGGCACCAGCUGUCACAGUGUGCCCUUAUUCCUUUCAGAGUCAAUAUGUUUAUGUUAGAAGAUUGUAAGAUAUGGUUUGCUGGAUCACCAAUAAAAUAUUUUAAAUUUCAGUAAA